UGUGUUAGAGGGGCACUCAUCCUCAUGAGCUGAGGCAGCAGAACCUACCCCCAGUGCUAUGCCACUGGCUGAGAUGCAAAGAAAAAUAACUUCAGCCAAGGAAGGACAUUUGAGCUCACGUAUUCCUGCUUUUAAAUUAUAUAACUGAAAAUACAUCUUGUGGCAUGUCAAAAAAAGUGGUGAUGUGGGUGUGUUUGCAGUUCUGUGAGCAUCAAAGCUCUAAAGGGUGUUCCUGGCAACCAGAAUAGCUCUUUUGUUUUUCCAGCUAGGAAGAGAUGAUAAGACUUUUAAUGGAGAUGUGCUUCUGGGCUGAUAUCUAUUCCUUUUGGCUGUUUGCUUUCACUUGAUGAAUGGUCUGAUAGAGAGAGGGUGAUGGGAUAUUUUCUCCAUCAUGUGAACUGGAAGCCAAAUAGGAAAGCCAUUCAGAGGUUUGUGGAUUUAGGAAUGGUGCAGAAAGACUGAGAUGUCAAAGUUCUAACAGCCUUUGUUUAACAGACUUAAAAAACAAAUACAGUAAAAAUAAAAAGUAAAUUUUUCUGUGAUCCAUCCAUGGUGAGCUGUAAACUGGAGUCCAGAGGCUUCAGUCUCUACUGGGGCUAAAGGAGGUGGGUGCAAGAAAUGCUCAGACUGAAGCUGGGACUGGGGAGUUCAGUUCACAGAAAAAGCCCCACACAGUAAGUAGGUUUUGUUAGGCUUUAAUAGUCAUGCAUAUGACACAUUCUGUAAUGCAGAAUACAGCUGAACUCUGAAUAGGGGCAUUUCUUUACCAUUCUGCUUUAUGCUAAUGCAACACACAGAUUACUAGGGAAGCUUCACCCAGCAAGAAAAUUCUAGGCUUUAUUGUGAGAUAUACAUUUUGGAAAUGCAGAAUCAUAUUUAUCUGGUCAUCUCAGAAAUUCAGUAAAUUACACCAAAUUAAUUUACUCUUUCAAUUCUGUAAGAAAAGAUAAGGCUUGUGACCACUUAGCCCUUUGGUUAUUUAACUGAAUAAGUCUAGGACAAUAGACAGUAAAAAAGUAAAACUUUUCACCAAGGGGCAGUAUUUUAGAUUAAUUCAGGAUGGAGAGAAAAAGCAGUCUGUGCUAUUCUCUACAGGAAAUUUAGAAGCAAGAACUAAAUGUUCUUUUUGUCGGACGCUGCAAGGGAAAGUUAGCUACAACAGACCAUUGAUUUAUGCAAUCAAAAUUGUUGCUGCACUGUGUGCAGAGCUAUUAAGGAGAGAAAAUACCAAGUUAGGAACAAGUAAAAACUCUCUUCAAACUAUUCCUUUCACUCCCACUUUCUGAGCAUCAAAUUAUGGCUGCAGGAACUAUUAAUAUAUUGUAUUUUUUAUCUGUUUUGCUAUGUUUUAAUAAUGGCACCAGAAUAUCUGUAACUUCUGUGAUGGAGAAAAGCUCUAAAAACUCACUUUCCUGGGCCCAGCAGAACCUGGAGAAGUUUAUUCUAUCCUGGAAAACAAGGCCAGCACCACAGAGAUGCUGACAGAGAGGUUGUGUUGGUGCUGACUAUAGAAAGGGUGUCAGGGGACUCUCCUUCACUAAAACUGGAAGCCCUGUGGGGCGAUGACAUUGCAUGUUUCUCUGUUGCUAAAGGCCAAAACACCAUCUUGCUUUUCCUGAGCAAGAACCUUGUGUCAAGCACAGGAAGCAGGAACACCAACAGCACCUACAGAGGGUUUGUUGGAAACACCACCCAGAGCCAGUGCAGUGGUGUGAUGAGGGACGUCCCUCAUCCACAACAAGGCAAACCUGGCUGUGCAUUAGGCUGGAUCUCCUUUGAGCUCUGCUUCCCACCUUGAUCUGGCCUUGGAGGGGCAGUGGAGGGGCUGCAGUGUGCUGUGGCUUUAAGGCAGUGCCAGGCAGCAGCAGCUUCUCCAGGCUGGAGCAGCGGGCAGUGAUCCUCUGCUCCACAGGGCUCGCUGCUCUCUGCUUAAUAACAUUUGGCUGCUGCUGAGACGCCUGCCCAGCGAGCUGCAGGCUGCCUCCAGCCCUGCAGAGUCCCACCUGCUCCAUGGCAGCAGCUCCAGGCUCCCCUGCACCCAGAGCUGCCAAGUCCUGCAAGAAGCAGCGCACGGUGAAGCGGCAAACCGGCAUCUACACCUACCAGGAGCCUCCCCACAGCAACUCAGAAGAUGAUGCUGGAGAAGAGAAGGCUGAGAGCCAUGACCCAGAGCAGAUCUUUCAGAACAUCCAGUACCAGAAGGAGAUCAUGUCCAACAUCCGCUGCCGGCCAUGGCCCAUGCGGCAGAAGCUGAGGGCGCUCAGGCAGGCCAAGGAGAUCGUGCUCAAGUACGAGGGGAGGCUCACCAGAACCAGAGGGUACCAGGCUGCUGGGGCUGAGCUUUGGAAGAAGUUCAUUCGACUUGCAUACAAUUUUGUGGUGAUCUUUAUUCCUUGGGAAAUGAGAAUAAAGAAAAUCGAGAGUCAUUUUGGGUCUGGAGUUGCCUCUUACUUCAUCUUCCUGAGAUGGCUGUUUGGAAUCAAUAUUGUACUUACCAUAAUGACAGGAGCAUUUGUAGUCCUACCAGAGCUCCUGGCCGGAGCCCCGUUCGGCAGCACGCUCAGCAAGACCAUUCCCAAGGAGCACAUUGCAUCUGCUCAGGACCUGGACACCAUCUGGUCCCUUGGGGGCUACCUCCAGUACUCUGUUCUGUUUUAUGGCUAUUACGGCCGGGACAGGAAGAUUGGGAAAGCUGGAUACCGUCUGCCUCUUGCCUACUUCCUUGUUGGAAUGGCUGUGUUUGCUUACAGCUUCAUCAUCCUUCUAAAAAAAAUGGCAAAGAACUCAAGAAUGAGUUUAGCAAGUGCCUCUGAUGAAAAUUACACUUUCUGCUGGAGACUGUUCUGUGCUUGGGAUUACUUGAUAGGAAACCCUGAGGCUGCAGAGAGCAAAGCUGCAGCCAUAGUCAACAGCAUCAGGGAAGCUAUAUUGGAAGAGCAGGAAAAGAAGAAAAGCAAAAACUUGGCAGUGACCAUAAGCUUAAGAAUUAUUGCAAACAUCCUUGUGCUUCUGUCCCUUGCUGGAAGUAUUUACAUCAUCUACUUUGUCGUGGAUCGAUCCCAAAGGCUGGAGCGCACCAAGAAGGAAUUGACUCUUUGGGAAAAAAAUGAGGUCAGUGUAGUUGUGUCACUGAUCACAAUGAUUGCGCCCUCUGCUUUUGAACUUGUGGCAGCUCUGGAGAUGUACCAUCCAAGGACCACUCUUCGCUUCCAGCUUGCCAGGGUUCUUGUCCUAUACCUGGGAAACCUCUACAGUUUAAUCAUUGCCCUACUGGAUAAAGUGGACAGUAUGAGUGUCACUGACUCUGAUGUGAACAACAAUGCAAGUAAUUCUACCACCUCCUUGGCAACCAACACUCUUUCUAAGGAUGACAAUGUAACCAUUCCUAAUGUACAAAUUAAGAGAAAUGGCAUUGUCAUGUCAGAAGAGCAUCUCACCCAAGGCCUGACAGACUCACUGGUUAACCAAACUAUUUCCCUUAACACCCAGAACCCACAGGAUCAGUGCUGGGAGACAUAUGUUGGUCAAGAGAUGCUCAAGCUUUCAAUUAUCGACAUGAUUUUCACAGUGGCAAGCAUCCUGCUAAUUGAUUUUUUCCGUGGGCUGUGUGUCCGAUAUCUGAGUGAUUGCUGGUGCUGGGAUCUAGAAAGCAAGUUUCCAGAAUAUGGAGAAUUCAAAAUUGCAGAGAACGUAUUGCAUUUGGUCUACAACCAAGGAAUGAUCUGGAUGGGAGCUUUCUUUUCACCUUGCUUACCAGCAUUCAAUGUGCUCAAGUUGAUUGGACUCAUGUACCUGAGGAGCUGGGCUGUGCUGACAUGCAAUGUACCCCAUCAGCAGGUUUUCAGAGCAUCUCGAUCCAAUAAUUUCUACUUGGCCAUGUUGCUGUUUAUGCUGUUCUUGUGCAUGUUACCAACAAUUUUUGCUAUUGCCCGAUAUAAGCCAUCCUUAAGCUGUGGGCCCUUCAGUGGCCAAGAAAAAAUAUAUGAUAUUGUUUCUGAAACAAUUCAAAAUGAUUUUCCCACAUGGUUCAACACAGUGAUUACUUACAUCAGCAGCCCUGUGGUUGUCCUGCCUGCACUACUGCUGUUAUUCAUGCUAAUCUACUACCUACAAAGUAUUGCAAGAUCAUUAAAAUUCACCAACAAUCAACUGAGAAUGAAGAUACAAACAGAAAGAACUGAAGAUAAGAAAAAGGUGGUUCAGUUGGCAGUAGCCAGAAUCCAAAAUCUGGAUGCUAAUGACAAAAGACCAGAGCAAGAAACCGAUAUCAUCAGCCAGGAGUCUUCUGCUCGGUCCUCAACACCCCGAAAGAACGGCAGUGUCUUGAACUUCGAAUCUCCUGUGAGCAAAGGCACCAGAAUUCAAACCAUUUCCCAGUCUGUGCCCCAAGCUGUGCCAGCAACUGAUGUUGUGAGACCUGCCAAUGCAACUCCCACAACUUCGACCUCUUUAACACCAGCUCCCUCUGUGUCAAGUGUACAGAAACCAAGAAAUGAUCAUAUCACAAACAGAUACCCAAGUGUUGUUCAUAGGAGUGCAAGUGAGCUGUCCAAAACAAAGCCCUACACACCAGUGACUUUCAAAAAGCACACUGAAGAUGUCCAUUCUGACCCUCUCUUCAGAAAAGCCAUUCGGCAGGUAAAUUCGGAUGUCCUUGGGGCAGGGGCUCCUGUAUUUCUGGGAUGCAGACCGUAUGCUACCAGGUAUUUUCUGGUUAAUGAAAACGAGUCCCGCAAAAAAUCGCUGCGUUCUACCUCCCGACUCCAAAGGCAUUUCAGAAAGGAGGAAGCAGGAGACAUUAUUGAGUUGUAUCCACGCCAUGUCAGGAGAUACGUGGUUCGGACACCACACCAGAUGUAUUCCCCUCAUCCCAGUGAAGAUGAGGAGGAUGAAGAAGAACUUGAGAAAGAAUUCAUGAACAGAUCCCAUCGCCCUCGCUCGCUGUCUGACCUUCGGCCAGCAUCACGGUUUUACAUUGGAGAUCGUGCUGAUGGCCACAUUCUAAUGAGCAAAGAUCUAGCCAGAGUGCAUUACAAAUCCUGGGAUGAUGGUUUUGAGCUGGACCUGGACAGGCCUCCAUAUGCGUACAAGAAAGUACACCUGAAUUAUUCUGAGCCACGUGUGAAACCAAAAUCAAAGCAAAAGCUGGAGCAAUCUCUAACAGAGUCUGAUUCCAUUUCCAUUGAAUCCAGCAGUGAUCCGCAGAACAGCAGCAAUGACCAGUACAUCCAGGUCAUUCAUACCAAGGACAAGUAUCCAAAAACUGGGGCAAAACUCGCCAAAAAGAAAUCUAAAAACAGUGUUGAUCUAAGUAGGUCUGAGCCUAGUGAACUGGUGUGCUCAAAUGUCUGAGAAAGUGCCCCUGCCUCGUUGUGUUUUGAGCCGGUGUAUGUGCAGUUGUGCUUUAUUUGCUGUUGGAAGUCUGUCAGAGUAACUGCAAUGUAGUUCUUGUAAAAAUCGUGUAUGCAGCCACUCAAGUUGGAAAAAGUCUUGUGUUUUACUCUUUAUUGUACCUUGCUUUAAUAUCACAACUGAUAUGUCGCAAAUCUAAGAAAAGAAGGUUAUUCCAAUUUAUUCCCUCUGUUACGCCGUCAAAACCCAAAAUCUCUGCCUACUGGAAAAUCAAAAGCAAUGUACUUGGGGCACUUCAAUUAAAACAAUACAGAAAUACAUCA